CCUAAUUAACGAGUCAGUUCCUUUGCCCAUGAGACAGACGUGUGAGUUCAAUUUCCAUGGACUGAUGAGGAUGAUGAUGAUAAAUGUUUCAGUGUUUGCCAGUAAACACACCAAACAACACAUUUUGGUUUCAUGUUUUUCACUUUAACAACCCUCAACAAAUGUGACAUUUUAAACAAUCAUAAAUACGCAUCAAUUUGUGGAGAAAAAGAGUAGAAAGGCCGUGAGAUCCUUAAGGAGGAGGCUCUACUUGUAUGGUUAGGUGUAUGUGUAAACGAAGUUUAGGAAUGCACACUUGUUACCUACUUUAUUUCUUUAAAAUGUCAACAAAAAAGCCAGCAGGCAAGCAGCCCAAACUUUACAGAAUAAUUAAUUAGAUGAAGUUUCCUUCGCUUUUUAAAGAUAUAAGCCACGCUCUUAAAUGAUUCAUUCUGUCGCCUCCCUCUGUGCGAGGAUAAUAACAAGGCCGUGAUUGAGUUACAAUGCACAAUGGAAGAGGAAAAGUCGAGCUUUGUCUAAUUGUUCGUUGACAGGGUCAGAGGGGAGGUGCGAUUGGCUGCUGCCUCCUGAGGCUGUCAGGUCUGUUUGGGAGUGACAUCAAGGUGACUGAGGGGAGGCUGGGGCUUAUAAAUGCUGGAGCAGUUCUAGUCUCUCCAGAGAGCAUCAGUCAGUCGACAGUGUGACCUUUCUCUACCGUGCACAACCACAGGCCAUCACUGAGAUGACUGCAAAAGUGGAGCUUUCAAACUGGCCGGAGUACCCAGAGGAGUUCAAUCUGCUGCAGCAACGGGACCUAGCCCACAUCAACACCAAAACUUGGAUUUCUUCAAAUUCUCUCCAUGCGUUCUCCAGGACGCACGGGGCAUCAGACGCAUGCCUCUCACUGGAGAAACUUACGCCAAUGCGUAAGCAUCCUGAGUUUGUGUCUGCGUCAGACAUCACUGAGUCGGACUCUGUCAACGCAGCAGAGGGAGGAAAGACGAGUCCCUUUGGACCCGUGAAACACCGGCGCGUCGCAGCCAACGCCCGGGAGAGGAGGAGGAUGCACGGCCUUAACAAAGCUUUUGACGAGCUGAGGAGCGUCAUCCCCUCCCUGGAAAACGAAAGAAAGUUGUCCAAGUAUGACACCCUACAAAUGGCGCAGAUUUACAUCACUGAGCUUUCCGAGCUCCUGACCGGCGUGGUUAACACGGAGUGCAGAAGUCCGCGUCCUGGAUCAGCAGACCAGAACUCCAGGAUGAGUCUGAUCCACUCCCUCCUUCCAGGAGCCACUGCGCAGCUCCCGAAUCAAGUGACAGGAGAGCAGCGGGACUCGUGCGCAUCAAUCGGCCACCUUCUGAUAUUGGGACCAACAACGGACAUGUGUUCAAAUACAUCAACGAGCUCCUCUACCAGCAGUGAUGGAGAAUCUUCACACCUCAGUGACCUGGAGGAGAGUCAGAGCGGCAGGCAGUGACUCAAAGACAGUGAAAACAAAGACUUUCUCAUAGUUUAUAAUACUGUGUCUGAUUUAGAAAGAACAGAGAGGGCCAAAUAAUACAGCGUGUAGAGAAAAUAUUGAUCAUUUUUAUAGUCAUGCAUUGUCUUCUGUCAUUUUGAAUAGCUUAGAUGUUGCACUGCCAAAUGAAAGCAGUUAAAACUCAGAACUGAUCUCAAAGUUUUUUAUUUUCAAAGGCCUGAUAAACUCCAAGAGGCCUUCUUAAUGCACUUUAUGGCCUAAACAUGAAUGAUGACAUUCCCAAUGUCAUUAGUAACAUUAGUCUAAAUUAAAAACAGUUAUUUUCAUAUUUAUGUAUAGAUA